AUGGGAAAUAGAACAUCUAUAUUCAAUAAAGAUAAGAUAAUUGAUGAAAAAAAAGGAAUGUGUGAUCUACAAGAAAAAACAUAUUAUCAAAGAGUUGAUUCAAAUAUAUGGAAACCAUUUAAUAAUGCUAUUUCAUUAAAAAAUAAUAAACGACCAACUCGUGAUAGCUAUAUGGAUAGAACAGCAGUUCAAACGAUUAUUCAUUAUAUGUAUAAUUAUAAUAAUGACGAAUUUAAUUAUAAUUUCUAUACACCAGCAAACAUCGAUGAAGAAUUAUUAGAGCUUUCAAUAUUAAUAACUAAUCAACCUAAAGAAUUUUUGAAUCUUCAGCCUCAUCCUUUAUUUGAACAUAUAUCUAAGGAUCUUUCUAUGUAUAUUUCUUCUAAAAAAAACAUACCAGUUAGGACACCAGUUGUUUUUAAAAUAUCACCAAGUUUUAAAGCUGAAUUAAAGAUUAAAUCAAAUAUUUCAGUAGAUCCUUUAUCAGACAAUCUUUUUCAUUUGAAUCACAAACGUUUUGAUAGACAAGAAAAACAUAUUCGAAAUAUUGAAUAUGAAAGAUUUACAUAUGAUCGACUUUAUUUAGAGCAGAAAAUUGAUCAACUUAAUGGGUCGAAUUGGAAAAAAGUUGUAAUGGCUAUUUCUAAAAUUACAGGUUGCAAAGAUCCAUUGGAAAUUCAAAGACAAUAUAUUAUUGAAAGAUUGGAACAAGUUCUGAAAAAAUUUGAUUCUUGGAGAAAGCUUCAAUUAGAACAUAAAAAAAGAACAAGGAGCCAUAUUAAUUUAAAUAAAAAUUCUAUUUCAAAAGCUAACAAAACAUUUUUUUCAAAAAAUCAUUUAAAAAAGAAACUAAACAGUGAAAUUUCAGAAAUUGCUCCUCUUAUAACUGAAAAAAUAAAUAAUGAUGAAUUGAAUACUGAUAAACAUAUCCAAAAAAAGCGAAAAAAAUCAAAGAGUUCAUCAGAUUCCCUAAAUAAUAAUAUAACCAUGCCAUUAUUUUAUACAGUACCUGAAGAUGAGUCUAAUAAGAGUAAAGAUCUAUCUAUUAAGAAUAAAGAUACGUAUAUUGAAGAUAAAAAUAUGCCAAAUGAGAAUACUCAUGUUGAAAAUAAGGAUACACCUAUUAAGAAUGGACCUGUAAAAGUUCAGAAAAAAAAGACUAAUAAAAUUGUAUAUUCGACUAGAAAUAAAAAAGGCUUAACAUUUAUUAAAUCACCUCAUAUAAGAGAAGCCAUUACAAAUAACUGGCGAAGAAGCAACAGAAUUAUAUUGGCAUUUGGGCAGCCGCUUCCUAAAAUAACUACAAAAGUUCAGGAAUUUUCUUUACCAUUCGAAAUUUUGGAAGGGUCACAGAAAUAA